AUGGCGGCAGCCUCAUCCAUCCAGCCGCCGAGCGUUCACUCUUCUCUAGCCCGGGAGAGCGCACUUUCCCCGGUGAUGGACAGCCCCGACAGCCGGCAGCCGGAGGAUGAUGAGGCGGUGGCGGUGGUGGCAGCGGCGGCGGCAGGAGCGGUGGGAGCGGCUGGCGCGUCGGGAGCGCAGUCCUCCGAGCCCGGGAUCAGCCUGCGCGACCUGCCGGACCUGGAUCCGGAGGAGAUCGAGAAGCGUCUGGCCAAAACUCGCAUGGAGCUGAGCAACAGGAGGAAAAUCCUGAUAAAGAACCUUCCGCCGGACACCACCAACCAGGAGGUCCAUGAAAUUCUGAAGGAGUACGAGCUGAAGUACUGCUUCGUGGACCGCAACAAGGGCACAGCCUUUGUGACUUUGCUGAACGGGGACCAGGCUCAGGAUGCCAUCCGCUCCCUCCAUCACAGCACUGUCCGGGGGCGCCUGAUCAACGUCACCCUGCAGCCCACCGACUCCCUGCUGUGCCUCACCAACCUGCCGCACACCUUCACCGCCCAGCAGCUGGAGGAGCUGGUGCGCGCCUACGGAAACAUCGAGCGCUCCUUCCUGGUGUACAGCGAGCUGACGGGCCACUCCAAGGGAUAUGGGUUCGUGGAAUACAUGAAGAAGGACUCGGCUUCACGGGCCCGAUCUGAGCUGCUGGGCCGACCAAUGGGCGACCGCUCUCUGAUGGUGCAGUGGAUGGACGUCAACCAGCUGAGCCAGGAGGAGAACCUGCACUCCAGGUGUCUGUGUGUGGACCGACUGCCGCUGGACCUCUGCGACUCCGAGGAACUGACCCAGCUGUUCUCUGAAACCUACAAACCCGUCUUCUGCCAGCUUGCCCAGGACGAGGGCAGCCCGGUGCGGGGGUUCGGCGUGGUGGAGUACGAGAGCUCGGAUCAGGCAGAGGCUGUGCUGAUGGAGAUGGACCGGACGCUGGUGGGAGGACAGGAGGUCCGUCUGUCACCAUGUUCCCCCGGCACCACGGGGAGAAGCACCCUGGCUGCUCUCAUCGCCGCCCAGGGGAUGAUUCUGAGCAACAGGAAAGGUCUCCUGCCAGAGCCGAACCUGGCCCAGUUGCUGACCAGUUUGACGAACCCCGCCGCCCUGCAGAUCCUCAUGAGGCCGUACCACACUGGGAAAAGAGGAGGGAAGUACGGCCGUCACAGCAGCAUGCCCUUCCUCAGGCCCCCCCUCACCACAGCCCUGCUCACCCUGGGAAAAGCACACCAGAACGCCAUGCUCGGUAAUGGACUCGUCCUUCAGAACCUCCUGCACAUGCAGCUCGCACAGCAACAGCUCCUUCACAUCAAAGACAAGCGCAUCAGCAGUGUCUCCAGUCUGCUCGGGGACCCGUCCAGGCUGCUGAUGCAGAAAGCUCUGUCUCUGCGGCCUCCAGGCCUCAUGGCUCUGGGGAAAGGCCUCCUGGGAGACUCGCCUACAGAGUUGAGUCAAGAGUCAGUGCCACCACCAACCCACAAUGCCACUGUGGUGGUGUCAGCCGCGGGUAUGAUGCCAUACCUCCAGAGUAGAGCCGGAGAACAACUCGGCGCCCACUCCCUCUCCACCACCCCGUCCUCGUCCUCCGGCGAGAGACAGCCUGCUCCUCCCGGGACGAUGGUGAGCUCCCAGCUGCAGGGACAGAGCUAUGCCCUGGGUAUACCUAACUCAGGCCUCGGGCACCCGCCACCCAAACCCCCUGGAGGAGUGUACACAUCAACAGGCCAUCACAACAGUGCAGAUGGCUGCCCCCUGGGGAGCAUGGUGAACUGUGGUCAGAGUUCUCUGUUGGGGGAUCCUCCUAAAGAGGUCCGCAUGCCCUCCAAUCCGUACCUGAACCUGGCCAGUGUCAUGCCAGGGGUCGUUCUGCAAGGGUCGGUGGGGAGUAAAACCCAGGGAGGCCAGCCUGGCUCUGGGAUGUACAGCACCUCCGUGGCUCCCGUCGCCUCCCAGGCCUCCGGCUCCUUCUCCCACAGCGCUGCACCGACAACCACUGCUCAGUACAGCACCGACACCUCCACCGACUACAGCCAGUACAACCAGGCGUACACACAGGAGGCCAUGCAGCAGUGGUACCAGCACUACCAGGCAGCAGCACAAGCUCACAGCUACAACACCGCUGCUCCACAGGAGAGCACCACCGCAGACUACACCAAGGAGCACACACAGCCUCCCCCGGUGGCCACCUAUGGGGAUUACAGCUCCUACAUGCAGGCGGUCACUCAGUACUACUCCCAACCUGCAGCCGCCAACCAGGCCUACGGCAGCAAGGAGGUGGACGUGUGCAAGCCUCUGGGAGUCUCUCUGCACGCAGUCAGCAACGGAGCGGCUCCUCCUCCAGCCGUCCUGCCAGCUGCCGCCGUGCUCCCGGCCUACAGCACCAUGCCAUUGAUGCCCGGCUUCCUCGGGGCGCCACACCCGGCGGCGGCUACUCCGCACGCACACCCUGCCGCCACGGACUGGAACACUUACUACUAUAACCAGACCAGGGGCCAUAAGAGAGAGUACCCUCAGCUGGCGGUGCAGGAAGUGACAUCAUCGGAGGGCGCCUACAUCGGGCAGCACUCGCAGGGCCUGGGCGGCCAGUACGCCGACUACUUCAAGAGGAAGAGGCUCUAGUAUAAACCAAACCACCUUUAAAGCCUGAAGCUUAUGGAGGGAGGCACAAGCGGCGUCUGCCCGAUGUCACAGCUCCCUCUAGUGGCCUUUCUGUGGCUGCCAUUUUGCAUCCCUACAGUAGGUAUUAUCUGAAUUAGGGUUGCAAAUGGCUCAAGUUAAAGCAAGCCAUAGUGCUCAGUGAUACUGGCAUUUAUGUACACGCAAAAACACACACACAACACACACAACACACACAGACACACACACGAACACAGUGUUGCUUUCGUCCUGUUCAAAGCCUUAAAUCUUAAGCUCAUGUUUCUUAGUCAGCGUGUCGACUGUACUUAACUAAUAUAACCUUGUACAUGUUUUCUAAUCUACUGUAAACUGACGUAUAUUGUAUCUGUACGUACGAGCUGCUUUUGUAUUCGCAGCCAGACGACGUGUGUGUCGGCUCUCACUGUCACGUCCCUUCCUCUUUGUGCGUUUCCUACUUUCAAAGGACAAAACGGUGUCGCACACUCACGCUUUGAUCCGUCAGUCGAGCUGACAUCCUGUUUAUUCCCGCUUCAGUGUCUUUCUCUCUUUUUUCGUUUUAUUGCCCAGGCUCCUCUUUUUAUAUCUCUCCGUGCGGAGGAUUGGAGUUUGUGUGUGUGUGUGUGUGUGUGUGUGUGUGUGUGUGUGUGUGUGUGUGUGUGUGUUUCUGUGUGUGUGUGUGUGUGUUUGAUAUGCUGUAUCUGUAGGAAGCUUCAGCCAUUUAAAUCCCAAAGUUGGGAGCAAAUCAGGAAAAAAUAAAGGGCCUGAAUAAAUCAAAGCCCUUAAAUGUGUUGAGUUACAGAAGCUUCCCUCGGUGAACGGACCUUGUAUACAGGCUUGUAUAUAAACAGUGUGUGAUGCUGACUAUAUAAAGCCAUGUGCAUUACAGACAAUAUCCUAUACAUGUAAAAUAAUAUAAUGAACAUUUCCCGGCUCUUUUGUGAUUUCUUUUUUUUCUUUUUUUUUUAUCUAUACUGUUAUAUAUUUGUAAUAUUAUAAUCAAAUAAUAUUCAAGUAAUUUUAUUAACAUUGCAUUAACUGGCUUUGACUUUAAAUGUAGAUAUUUGGUUUGGUUUUUAACAUUUAACCCUCCCUCUUCCUCUUCCUCUUCCUCUUCCUCUUCCUCUUAAUGCCAGGCAGUUUUUCAGAAACAGCUUUUCUGUCUGUAACAGGAGCUUUUCUUCCAUUUCCACCCUCCAUUAAUAUAUAAAGGUUUUCUGACUGUAUUUAUGUCCCACCUCCACACUGCAGAAUACUUUCAAGCAGGGUUUUGAGUUUGCUGCAAGAGUGAAAGUACAUUCUAGAGCCCAUCCAGUCUGAAGAAUGAAAACUUGUUUAUGUUUCAGUUCAGGCUUAAUCUAUUUUAAUUUAUUUCAUUAUAUUUGUGAUUUCUUCUUAGAAAUCUUUUACUCCCUAAUAUCAGAAUUAGCAUCAGCCCCUAAAAACCCAUAUCGGUUGGGCUCUAGUAUUUAUCCAGUAUAUAAUAGUACAGGAAAUUAUCUGUUUACUGAACUGUGGAUUCACAAACAUCGUUCAAUGAAAUGAAAGAGGAGGAAAUCCUGAUAUCCAAAAGUCACAGUUUGUAUAAAAACUUCUUGGAUUGGAUUAUCUAAGAAGUUUUCUGCAGUGUGUGCAGUAGUAUAAGUAUACAGUGUGGGGUUGGAACACAGUCGUUAUCAUUGGACAAUGAUAAUCAGAUGUUUCUGCACCUUGAAUACUUUAGUGCAAAAAGCAAACUCUUAAUGCCGAUUGUAUUUGAGGGCUUGUUUCUUUCUAGUGGCUUUUAUAAUAUAUCCAUAAAAAUAAUCCUAUUCCUUUUCUUUCUUUCUGUUGCUUUUGGUGAUUUCUAUUUUUCCUGGUGGUGCAAGGACGCUGAACCCAAAUGUGCUUCACGUCCAGGAGGCUUGUUUGACGUUCAGAACCAUGGAGAGGGCUCAGUAUUCUAAUAACACAAACCGGCAAUAACUUAAAGCUCCUGCCGCUACAGAAAGACGAAUGUGAAAUCUUUAUGUUGUAGUGUAAAGAGGUUUUUUUCAUGUUGUCUGAUUAUGUAUCUCGAAGCGGAGUAUUACUUGCAUCGCCAUGGCAACCCGGCUGGCACACUGUGAAAACCAAUAGCAGGUGUAAACAGGAAGCACGUGAUGUUUACAAGAGCCGAGGAUCGGUGGUGGUGUGAAGGCAACGCUUGUUAAAUACUGAUAAAAAGGCUUAAAACGCAAAAACUGAAAGCAAUAGAUGUCCCAUAGUGCAACAACACACACACACACAAACACACACACACACACACUUUCUCUGCUUCCCCCUUCAUCCCGUUUUCUUUAGUAUCUCACGUUUGCUCACAUCCUGCUUCACUCCUCCAUAUUCAUGUAGUUGAAACUCGUUUUAAUGGAUCCACUGAAGAUUUAAUGGAGGAUAUGGACAAAACAAACACAAAAUAUUGUUGGGGGGGGGGGGGGGGAGUGAGAGGAUUUGAAAAUGCUAAAUAUUUGCCCAAGCACAGAGAGGAAGAGGAAUGGCUGCUGAUUAACACCUUCUUCUUCCUCCUCUCUGUGCCUCUGUUCUGGUUUUAGUAAAAUACUGCAAACUCUUUCACAUUUUCAACGUUCAUCGACUCUUUUUGUUUUUGUUUGUGGAGACUCGUUUCCGUAGUUUGAGGAUCAGAGCGAUUCCAGUUCACCCACUUUAUCUGUUUCUGUUGUUUUCAUACUGGAGGCUCAUAUUUGCCUCAAUUUGAAUUCGGACAGUUCGAACUUCCAUCUCUGAUCUGGAAAUCUAUGUUUGUGCAAAUUGAACUAAUGGAAUAAUCAUAGAUUGGACUCAUAUUUAAAAUGGUAAGAUAAUAUGAUGGAGUAAAAAAUUUGAAAAUUAAGAUUUUAUUUAUUCAAAUAUUCCUCAGAUCAUUAGCAUACAAGUCUGAACAACCAGUUUUAUUGAUCACACAGUUUUUCAGUUUACAGACACAGUGGAUCUGGAAGUGAAAACCUCUCCCUCACCCUCUCUGCUGCUUUAACAUGUGAACUGUGCGUUUGCUCAGUUUUUCCAGAAAUAGCAGAGCAAACUUAUUUUGGACAAAAGACAGAGAUCCAAUAAGCCCGUCCCCCCCGACACAGACUCUGCUGAAGUCACAUCUAAUUUCUCAAGACAUCUCUCUCUCUCUCUCUAUCUCUCUCUCUCUCUCUCUCUCUCUCUCUCCGUCUGCGGCUGUUUGUCUUUUUGCACCCCCCCCCCCUCAAGCAGUUAUUAUCUAUUGAUAUUUUUUUGUCACUGUCUCAUUGGCCUCAUCUCACCUGAAUCCACCCGUUCCACUGAGACACAUUUUAUGGAGACACACUCACCUGGACCAGUGGCUCGGAGCCAGGACCAGUCAAAAGAUUCAGCUCCUAAUGUCUCACUUUCUCUGCAGUGUCACAGAUUAAAGCCAUAGACUUUAUACGAAGUGUCUCCACUAUCUAGACGUUAAGCCAAAUUACCUCGGGUAAUUUUACCAUCUACUCCAAAACUGAAUCCUUCAUGAAUGCCAUGCAAAUCGGUUGAGGAGCUUUUGUGUGGUCCUGCUGACAAACUAACAAAUGCAGAUGAAAACGUAAUCUAAAAGAUGACAAACAAUCUUCAGAGAGUUUGAUUUAGCAUUUUCUUUGUUUUCGUUUGGGCCAUGUCUGUGGGAGGAGCUGGGUUUCAUGACUUUUACUGCAGCCAGCCACCAGGGGGCGAUUGAGGCGAUUUGGCUUCACUUUUGGAGAGUGUUAGCGCAGGGUUUUGUUUAUUUCUGUCUUUUUCUCUGCUAACAUGCUUCUACACGAUAGAAGAGUCGUACUGUCUGGAAGUCUGGAUUUCUGUGAUCAAAAAACGAAGGAAUAUCUGAUAAAAACUCAAGUAGAUUUUAUCGUGACGUGUUUUUAAGUUCAGUUUUUUUUGUACCUUCAGAGAGAUGUGACUGUCAGAUACUGUGUGUGUGUGUGUCCUGCUGGAGCCAGAGAUGGUUUGUUAAGAUCAUGUUUACAUUCUUCUGCGAGAGUUCAGACUCUGCCGAAUGUUUUGCACUUUCAAGUUGUCCGAGCUCACGUCUCUCGUCUGCUGCUCCUGAACUUUCCCGAUGUUGUCGCUAAAUCGCAGAUAAUGAGAGAUGAACUGCUCCCUUCUAUUCUGGUUAGUGUGUCUGUCUUUCGUGUGUGUGAGUGUGUGUGUAUUUGUGUGAGAGUAGAAGUGUGCUCCUGGCAGGUAAUGGGGUUGAGGAGAAUGGGAAAAACAAGUCAAGCUGCUCUCAGCUGCAGGAAAAUUUCAUUUAUGUAUUGUCUCUCUAUCGUCUCAGUGAAGAGUCUUGGUUGUGUCUGCCACAUUCCUGCUGCAGGUACUUGUAGAGCUGUCUCUCUCACACACACACACACACACACACACACACACACACACACACACUCUGACUGCCACCCGCGUGCAUCCAUUACAUUUAUAGGAUAAAGCUGAUGAUGCUUUUUAUUCCAGAAGAUAUAAAUUAAGAUAUAGAUUUACUUUAAAUUGAUUUUCCCGCUUUCAUCCUCCACUGACCACCAUGUUGAUGACCUUUGACCCUUUCCUAGCUGAUGCUGCGACAGGAUGUGGUCAGGUGAUCAAGACUCUUCAGGUUCGGUCCUGUGUCCUCCCGGGUGUUUGUGUGUUCAGGGUGUGUCAGUAAAGACGAUAAGGUUUCCAUGUACAGUGCAGAAGGUUUGUUAAAGUGAGGUCAGAUCCGGAUAUUGUUUAUUGAUCCUUGCAGCGAUCAGUCAAUAGAGAAAACAAAAUGUCAUCAGCAUCUGGUGCGACCGCCUGUUCUCACGUGUGGUCGGUUUCUCCUCGGCUGAAAGAUCGCUCCAGGUGUCUUGGGGGACUUGCCACAGUUGUUCCGUCUCUUCACGUAGACAUGGUGUUAAAAUGAAGCUACCGCUGUGAUGUUGUGAUUUAGUGGCAUCUAGUGGUGAGGUUGCAGAUUGCAGCCGACGGAAUACCUCUCCCCAGCGACGUCAUGUGAUCCAAGUCUUAACAGCUUUAGGUUUUUUGAUUUUUUUUGAUCGACUUUAACCUUAGUUUGUUUCCCAGAUCGUUUUGUGCCUGAAUCAGUCGCCUCUUCAUCUUCGUGCAUUUUCAUGGUUUUAACGGCAGUUUUAACAAAGAGGUGCGUCAGUUACCCACAAUCCCUCGGUCCUGAUCCUGUAAGCACCACUUUUGUGCCGUUAAUUAUUUUUCAAGCCCCCAAGUUCACUUUUAUAUUUGAAUUUAAAAAUGAUGAAUACGUCAUUUGGAAGUUUUAACCAAGUUUGCAAUAUAAUCUUGAACACUGCCUCCUCCAGUUUGAGUGAUUGUGUAAAAUACACAAACAGUUCUACAGCUGAGGAAGAAAUCCUUUUUUUUUAUGUCUUACUUGUAUUGAACCUUUUUGUGCUACUGAGGAAUGUUCGAGUGGUUUCGACCGAUGGAGAAACGGUUUCCUCUGUCGGUUCCUGUGCCACCGGGAAGUCCUCAUGAUGAUUGUACACAAACCCGUUUCCCUCGAGGUGACGCAGCACAAAACAAACACACAAGCUGAGGGCUGAUGCUGAGUCUUUGUUUCUGUUGUUGUGUAAAUGCAGCCUCGUAGUUGAUCUUUAGUUGCUAGUGGACGUACGACAACCGACAAUGAAAUGCAGAGUCUUUAUUUAUUGCCAGAACAGAAAAUCUUACAGUUUAGUUGUGAGUGUUUUUUUGUGUUUGUAGGGUUAAGACAAAUGUGGCAGAGUCACUUCAGGUUCAAAUCCAGAUUUUUCUGUUCUUAUGUAAAUGGAGCCGCCUCUUAAGCGUCAGUGGGCCACCUACAGACCAGUACAAAUAUUACACAAGGUCGGCGGUGAGGCUGGACUUCGCAGUAGUGAACGACGAAUCCACAUGUUGUGUGUGUGUGUGUGUGUGUGUGUGUGGGAGAGUGUUGAACACAAAGCUUUACAAUACCGAAGUCUAUCGGAGUUUUCAGACACACUUUAAUGGCUGUAGAUAAAUCUAGAUUUGCCGUGCUUCUUGUUUUGGUAACAGUUUUUUGCUUUUACAGUACGUGGAUCUUUUUUUUUUCCAGACCUGAAAUAUACUGUAGAUUUUUGCAAAAUUUUAUAUCAUAUUGACAUUGAUAUUGUUUUACUGUGAAUAAAGUAUUUCUAGAGCAAUUUUAGCAUGUCUGCUUACACCUGUAAUAUAUCAAACAGAGUUUUCAGUAGAUAAUAAUAUGGUGGUGAUGAUAUUGCAUUUGGACUGACACAGAGGACAAAACAAACACUGAUUUUAUUUAUUUUUUCAUUGUGUAUUUAUGGAUACUUUUAUCUUCCAUAAUUCUUAAUUUUGUCUUAUAUUUUGAAAAAUAUAUUUCUUUUCUCUUAUUUUGAGCAGAAGGAAUUGUCUUUUACAUUCCUAAAUAAAAACGUGGACUGAAUCGAAUUGUGUCUUUUUGUUGUUGAGGUUUUUUGUUUUACUUUUUGCCAACAAUCACAGUAAAAGUCAUAACUUGCGUCAAACUGAACUGACCAGUUGUGUAUUUUGUGAUAUGUGAGCGAUCGACAUUACAAUGCUACACACUGAUGAAUUUAAAACAAAUCCAAAAACCCUCUGCUCAAACCUUAUCACAUAUACACAGAUAAAAUACACUUUUACACAUUUCCUGGCAUAUCGGAGAAUUAGAAACAAACAUUUUACGAAUAAAAAUGAACAAAUAUACCUUUAAAGAAAUAAAAUUGUCUGGAAAAUAAAAUGCCAUGUGAAUAAUCAUCACUGGUUAAUCCCUCACUUUAUACACUGGACAAUCUGACGUCCUGCAACGAUGACAGUUGGCUCUGGUUCUUGCAGUACACACAUAUUCACACAUACAAAUAAUUAAAUGAGCGGUAGAGGACAAGAAACAUGAAGUUAUGCUGCCCUCUGGUGGGGGAUACGUGCCUCAACCUGUCACUCCUGAACAACACAAGUGCUGCUGCAAUUAUAAACGAUUAACCAUAUGCAUAAUUGUUCUUUUUUUUUUUUUUAAAGGUUCCACCUGAUCAAAGAAAUUCAAAAUACAAGUCAUUCAUCCUCCUACAUCUGAAGAUCGGACUUCUAUUUAUAGUGCUAUUUAAAAAAAAUGUAUAAUUUAAUCUGUAAAAUAUAAUAAGAAAUGAGAUUUUCUGAUCAGGUACAGAAUGCAACUGAAAACUGCUUCGCUACAAAGACAGUAUUCUUGGUAUCUUCACAAGUACGGCAGCGGUUAUUACAAGUAAAGAAAACUUAGGCAGAAAAUGAAGAUUUUUCGUGGGAGUAUUUUCUCAAUAUUGACGAUUAGAAGUCUGAAAAAACGCUUUAAAACUGAUCUACAACUCGAGCUACUCUCUUCAAAUCAGUGUUUGUGUCGAAUCAAGAGCCCGGAAACCCGAAGAUACACAAGUUAUAAAGCAGGAGAUUGAGAAUCUAGAACCAACGAAUGAAACCAUUUCAUAAUGACAAGUGACAGGGACACUGGUGACAGAAAAUCUAAACAUUCAUCACAGAUCCUUUCAUGGCUCUCAACAUCGAAAUCUCGAAUUUCUUUUCCCAAAGAAAAUGAGUCCAGGCAACAAACAGCGGUGGCACAAAACGCUGAAAAACCACUUCUUCAGUUUCCUGGGUCUUGUCCAUUCAAGCCCUUUUUCUCAACACGAUUGAUCAGCGAUCCCUUGAGCAUUAAAACUGCUCCCCUCUCUGCUCUGGUUCCUUUUUCCAUCUUCCAUCAGUGAGAGUGAUCCCAGGCCUCAAGUCCAAACAAUGACCAAACAACCCCCGCCAGAGCCACUAGAAUCUAUAAGUGACAGGUCCAUGUGAGUUUCUCACAAUUACAUGUGUUAGAUAUACUUGGAAGUCUUUUUGGAAGCUAUAAGGUCACAUAGCUACAAGUAUGUACUGGUUUCAUCCUCUAUAAUCAAAUGAAAACACAAGAAUAAGUGAAUAUCCAUUAAAAA